UUUCUUAGAGGGACAGUAGCCCACUUGAUUCAAGUCUUCUACCUGAAUGCAUAUUGAUUUGAUUCCUUUUUGCUACGAAGGAUUGUAGCUGGUGAAUGUAUUUGCCCCACCACCUCUAAGUUAAUGGUGUGCCAAGGACAGAUAAGAAACAGCUCUUUGUCUGGAUAUUGAUGUGUUAUCUUCUUGCAGCAUCGCAACACCUUGUGCCCACUGGCAGCACAGGAUAUGGAGGCUCUUGAGGUUGAUGACAUUAGCCCUGCCUUGGAAGUGACUGAAGACUUUUUCAAUAGUUUUGAUACAAAGCUUGAAAAGAUUGUGCAGCCCUCUGAGGUGUAUGGCGUGCAUGAGGUCCCCGAACUGGUUGGGCAUGAGGUAUUUGACCAGAUCACAGAAAGCAGGAACCUGAGGAAUGUCGCCUCCUUAGCCAAAAGUACCCUCAUCUGGGAUCACUGCAAAAAUGGCCUCUUGGAAACCAAAGCUCAGACAGCAUUCCCCGCCAAAGACCAGCGUGUGGUGCAGAAGGGAACAGCUGCUGACAACCUUGCUUGGGCAGGGGAAGGGGAGACCACAGCUUUUAAUAUCUUCCAUAUCUGCCAGCGGAGGAGAGACAGGCCUCGCUCGGUGAAUGACAUCCUGGGGCAGAAUGAGGAAGCCUCCACAUUCAAACCAGGGCACAACAGGUCACGCUCUGAUAUCAGCCAUGUAAACUGGGGAGUGGUCUUCACGGGGACCUCCCUGCAGCAGCCACCUGCGCCCGGUCAGGACAAUAACUGUGCUCUGCUCUCUUACCUGGCACUAACCAAGGGAGAGGACAUCCAAGGAAACACAGAACACAAGCCAAUGUUCCCAAAUAUUCUGAAGAAGGGAUACUUAGAAAUCAGAAGAGGCAGCGACAGUUACUGGCAAACCUGUUACGCUGAGCUCACCCCGUACAAACUGUACCUGUAUUGCUUGGACAGCAGUGGCAACCAGACUCUUCCCAGCGUGUAUCCGCUCAUGCAUUUUCAAAGGGUCACUGUCAGCGGUUGCAUUGAAACCAAAGUGGUGGAUGCUGUCCUGUCAGACAACUCGCAGCUACAGCUGAAGGCAGAGUCCUCAUGGGAGGCUUUGGACUGGGGACAGAAACUCUGGGAAUUGGUGCGUGCUUCUGUGCCUGUUUUCACAAGACCACAGGAGAAACUGGAGAAUGUGCCAAAGCCUGAAAAUAACAGUGACCUUUCCAAAACCAAUGGAUUGUUAGAGAAGCCUAUGGAGCUCUUCCUAUCCAUGAAUUUGACUGAAAACACUAAAGAGUACCAAAAUAUCCUCAAAUCAGGGACUCUUUAUAGGUUGACUGUCCAGAAUAACUGGAAGGCAUUUACUUUUGUCUUGAACAGGUCUUAUCUCAUGGCAUUUCAACCGGGUAGGCUGGAUGAAGAUCCUCUGCUGAGCUACAAUGUGGAUGUGUGCCUGUCAGUCCAGACAGAUACUCAGGAUGACUGUGACUCUUGCUUUCAGGUCAUUUUUCCCCAAGAUGUCCUCCGCCUGCGGGCAGAGACCCGUCAGAGGGCUCAGGAGUGGAUGGAGGCACUGAGAGCAGCAGCCAAUGCUACUAGAAGUUUAACUCAGAACCCACAGGUCACGCUUCGGAACAAACCUGGAGAUCGCCCCUUUGGAAACGAUCUUAGGAAGAGCAAGCGCCAGUCUGUGACCACCAGCUUCCUGAGCAUCCUGACCACGCUGUCUCUAGAGAGAGGGCUCACAGUUCAGAGCUUCAAGUGUGCAGGCUGUCAGCGCUCCAUAGGCUUGUCCAAUGGGAAAGCCAAGGUGUGCAGCUACAGUGGAUGGUAUUACUGCAGCACCUGCCAUGUGGAUGACACCUUCCUUAUCCCAGCACGGCUCGUUCAUAACUGGGACACUUCCAAAUACAAGGUAUCAAAGCAAGCCAAAGAGUUCCUGGAAUAUGUUUAUGAGGAGCCAUUGAUCGAUAUCCAGCAGGAAAAUCCCAUGUUGUACAAGCACGCUGAACCUCUGGCAACUGUUGUCCGCCUGAGACAGCAGCUAAAAUCUCUCCGAGCCUAUUUGUUCAGCUGCAGAGCAGCAGUGGCUGAAGAUCUGCGUAGAAGGAUUUUUCCCAGAGAGUAUCUUCUCCAGCAAAUCCAUCUUUAUUCUCUCGCAGACCUUCAGCAGGUUAUUGAAGGAAAGCUGGCUCCUUUCUUGGGGAAGGUGAUCAAGUUUGCCACCUCUCAUGUGUACAGCUGCAGCCUUUGUAGUCAAAAGGGUUUCAUUUGUGAGAUUUGCAACAAUGGAGAAAUCCUUUACCCCUUUGAGGACAUUUCUACAAGCAGGUGUGAAAGCUGUGGUGCUGUCUUCCACUCUGAGUGCAAAGUGAAGGCUGUGCCAUGCCCCAGGUGUGUGCGUAAGGAAUUGCAGAAGAAGCAGAAAUCCUUCUGGAGGCGACUGAAUAUGGAUGAAAACUUUGAAGAGUCUUGCAACAUGUUUGAGUUAUCAUAUCAGAACACAUGAGUUCCUGGAGGCAGUGGCCAGCCUGAAGAGAAUCCCUUUCCCAGCUGCCAGCUGAAGCAACUUCUCGGCCUAGCCAGGCAGAAAUCUUUUUGCAAAGUAUUAUCUGACCUUCUUCAUCUGUGAAUAGCAGCUGCCAAAGUGGCCGUAAAGCCUUGUUGGCUUUGAAAUACCAAUGGCUAAACUGCAUUUUGCAUUGAAGUCCAGCCGCUAGCUCUCAUGAAAUGUGGUUUACUUGAAAUGCUAUAGGUCUAGCUAAUUAAGCACCAAACUUUUCCUUUUCCACCUCUGGAGAAGACUUUCUUUGAAGGCAGAAAAUACUUGCUGCCACAACCACAUUAAUUUUAUGUUGUUAAUUUAGAAUUGAUGAACCAUCUACUUAUUUAUAUGUAUUAUUUAUUUAUUAUUAGUCUCGGCAGAGGUUCUGGUGAGGUGUUUCACAGAACCCAGUGGGGCAGGAAUGAUUUUAAACCCACCUGCUCUUUCUGAUGUGGACACAUGGUUCCAUUUUCUCAUGUUUCCAGAGAGCUGUUCUUAAAAGGAUUGGUGCAUUUACAUGUCCCUUCUUGAGGAAAGAAUAGUAUCUCCCAUCAAACCUUAUUUGGGGUGCUUGCAAUCAUAAGAUACAGAAUAAUUCCUUCAGCUAUAUUUAUGUAUUUAGAAUCAACUCAGUGAUCUAUUCCAUAUGCAGAUAAGCAGGGGACUUGCUACUUCAGGCUGCGUAUAUCAGUAAAGCUCGGUCACUGAAGCCCAUUGAGUUUUAGGCUGGUUAUUCUCCAUCUAUGUGAGACCAUGUCUUCAUCUCCAGUAACAUGAUGUUGGUUCUGACCUCCUGCUAGUCUCACAUUUCAAAGCAUUUUAAGUGUCCACACUGGGUUUGGUUUUAUUUCAUGAAGUUUACUUUUAAGUGUUUCUCUAACCUGAACUUGUUAGACUCAUAGUCAGGAAAGUGGUCCUGCCCACAGUAAUCAGAAAAUACCUCCAAAAUUGUGAAACACUAGUUUGCAGUGUUAAUGUGCAACUUGGGUCCUGCAUUCUCUGCAAGCUCUAAGGGAUUUUAUACUUCUGUAGUGACAUCCAUGGUGGAGAACAAAGUUCCUUGAGGUAUGGUUCUGCUCCACACACCUGUAACACAGGGAAGUAUUGAAAGCAGUGGGUUACAUGUACUGUAAAAGGGAAAUACAUGAUGGAUUUAACUGGGGAGAUGUGUCAUUACUGACAGUAUGUUUGAUUCAUUGUAGCUUCACCUCCAGUGAGCACUUAGAAAUCAUCCUUCCUCCAAUCCACAUUCUUAAAUCUUUCUCCAGACUGUGCAAUAAUAUGUGUAUUACAUACAUACGAAAGCGUUGACAUACACACACACAUCUAUAUACAGAAAGCAAAUAUGGUUUCAGGAGAAAUAAGCCAGUCAUAUAUGGUUUUUUCCUCUCCUCUGACAUAGGGUUGUGAAAAUGGGAAUACUUUGCUUCCUAUAUUAUCUGCAGGCUGUUGUAUUCAAAGCAGAAAGCAGUCUUGAUUGUUGAAACACCUCACUAAUUGCUUAAGUAUCUUAAAUAAAGGAACAGGGUACAUCAUGCUUACAUUAAAAGAUAGAAUGCUACAAUGAGUUGCUUUGUACUGGAGUAUAUGUGGUUACAUUUCCCAGCCUCCAGUCAAAGAAAGUAGGUGAAGCUGAGCUUUCUCAAACUGAGUGCAACUACUGUGUAUAUAGAAGCAUGUUUAUAUCUGUAUACAUUAGACGACCAGUGCCUUUCUUUUUCUGAAGUCCUUCUCUCAGUAGGAUUCUUUGGAAGGAAGUAAGGGUUUUUCCAUGUUCUUGGCAAAGUAGUAUAGGGAUUCAAUUAUUUAACAAACCUGGUGAAUCAUGCACCUUUGUCACUAAAAUUAAUACUUCCCCUACAACAGUGAUGUCUGUCUUGGCUCACUGUUCCUCAUGCAAAAUGAGUUGCUUUUGGCUAUCAUCCUUAAAGAUAGAAUGUUCCUUGCAAGUCCAUUCCCAUGUGAAGAAUUCCCUGCAUGUUCACAAAUGCAAACAUUGAGGAAGUAUUGUGGAAUUAGUCAUGCAAACAGGAACUGCAGUGCUACUGGCUGAAUAAACAGUACGCUCCCAUGUUUUUCAGCAUGUGUCACCACAGCUAGUCCUUUGGCAAAGCCAACAGCUCUGAAACUCAGAAUCUGGCAGGUACUAUUUUGAAUUAGCUCUAGACAGAAUGGUGGGUCAUUAAAGAAAAAAAAGAUGGUGCUUCUCAUAUCAUCCUGCUCUGGUAUCUAAGACGCCUUAUAGCACUGGUUCAUGUCCAGCUCGGUUUAGGUGUGGAUGCUUGUGUGUGUUGUCAGAAACCCUACAGAGUCAAGGAAUCAAGGUUCAGACAUUGGAGACUACUAGUUAUGUUGUCAGAUGUCCUGAUCUCCAAAGCACCAGUUGUGUGGGAGGUUAAAUGUUCUAGUUGAAUGCUGGCAUAACAGCACAGACAGCACAAGAGUUACUCUGAGUUUGUACAGGUGUUACAGAACAGUUUCUUUGCUAAUGGAGGUUUACAAUGAAAAGAGUUUGAUGUCAGUGAAAGCACUGGAAUUAGUCUUGGGCCUGGAACCACUGCUGUUGCUAACAGCAAAGAGCAAAAGCGAGUUUUUACAAUAUACUGGUGGCACCCAAAGCUUUAUGCAAAAGGAUGCUGUACAAGUCAGAUUCAUUUCUUUAAAAUUCAGUGUUCUUGGAAACAAGACAGUUCCUAAAAUGGACACACAUGUAUUUCUGCUUUGGAAAAGUAAUAACAGCUUCUCAUGCUAGCUAUAGGAGCAGACUGUAAUAUGGAAGAUGCUUUCCUCUCAGGGAUGCCCAGCUUCUACCCAAUAGAAGUAACUCCAUAUGAAUGCAUAAGAUAAAGUCUUCUGUCACAGUUGCAUAAGCAUAACAAAAGCUUGAUCCUGCCCUCAGAGGGUGCUGAUGCGGUAGGAACAUACCCUAUUCAUUUUUCUGGACUGCAAGGCAAAAGGAUUAACUGAAACUACUGUUCACGUUGCUAACGCCCAAAAGGCCCAACUCUGAAGGAACAGUUUUCCUGCAAGAGCCAUCUGCUAGCAGGAGACUCAGCCUGGGGUUCUGUAGAUGGUUUGGGUUUCAGACAGCACUAUGCCCUCACAUGAUUGUCUCUGCUAUACAACAGUGCUGCAUGCUGGUACCUACUGCUAGCUACUCAUUUUCUCCCUUCUGCAGCCCAUAGCUUGCAUGUGGCUCUGUUCGGCAGACUUCUGGGUGGGCAUCAGCUGGAAAAGUACCUGGGGUCUUUCCAGAUUGCACAACUUUCUCCCCACACACACAGGCAUGAAAUUAUGUAUUGGUAUUUCUAGUCUCCUCCUACCCAUGCAUGAAAUAAAUUGAAACAAUAGCAUUUAUUGUGAA